UCAGGGUUUCCACACCUUAAAGUCUGACAUCAGCAAAGAGAAUUUUAAUUUUUUUGUGGGUUAGGGGAAAAGUAGUGGAGUAAAAGUAAAAAUUUCCAGAAAUAUAAAAUACAGUACAGAUACGUGAAAAUUCUACUUAAGUUGUUACAUUACAACACAGAAUAACCUGCACUAUACGUCCAUAUAUCAGCAAGGCUUCUGUCUAGGUGUGAGGCAGGGAAUGAGGUAGAGUUAGUGAGAGUGUGGAUGGAUGAACAGUGGUGUGUGUUUGCAUGACUGAUUGUGGAUGAUGGGAGGCUCUGUGUUCGCGCUGCAGCCCCCCCCCCCCAACCUGCCAAUCAUGUCCCUGUCCUUGCGUCUGUCUGACUGAUAUGAUGUGGAUGUGUCAGUGUGAGUGUACGCUGCUCGUGGAUAAAUGAUCACUAAUCAGCGUCAGUAGAUGAAGGACCCGUCUGGCGUGAGCGGAAUGUCCGUGGAUGAGAAGCCUGAAGCCCCCAUGUAUGUGUAUGAGUCUACAGUUCAUUGUACCAAUAUCCUCCUCUGCCUCAACGACCAGCGGAAGCAGGAUAUCCUGUGCGAUGUGACUGUCCUGGUGGAGGGCAAGGAGUUCCGCGGGCACCGGUCCGUGCUGGCCGCCUGCAGCGAGUACUUCCUCCAGGCGCUGGUGGGCCAGGCGGAAAAUGGCUUGGUCGUUAGCCUUCCGGAAGAGGUCACUGCCAGGGGAUUCGCUCCAUUGUUGCAGUUUGCCUACACUGCUAAGCUGUUACUCAGCAGAGAAAACAUCCAGGAGGUCAUCCGCUGUGCCGAAUUCCUGCGCAUGCACAACCUCGAGGACUCAUGCUUUCGCUUCCUGGAAGCUCAGCUGCGCAGCGAGGAGGAUGGCUUGCUGCUCUGCCGCAAGGUGGCGGCGGAGGUGAACAACUCAGAGGAUGAGAGCAUGCAGUCAGAGGUGGAAAGGCCCACCUCCCCGAAGGCACGGCGGUGUGCUGACGCCCUCACCUCCUUUGGACACCCUGACGAUGAUCGGCUAGCAAUAGCUAUUCCCAGUAAUUUCACAGAUGGCCGGCUGGACUUUGAUCGGCACGGAGCAUCAGACCUGCCACGAUGCCCCAAGUACAGGAAAUACCAGUGGGCUUGCAACAAGCACAAUGACAUCUCCUCACACACCAGUACCUCAGGUUUUCCAAGCACAUUAAAGCAGAACAGCGUUAGCGAGGCAGUGCCGGGUCAGGGCAGGCUGCCUUUGGCACAGAUCAAAGUUGAACCACAGGCAGAGGAAGAGGCCAUCUCAUUGUGCCUGUCAGGGGAUGAGCAGAUCGUCAGGGAUAAGGACAGUGUGACAGCCAUGGAGAUGGAUAGCCCCAUAUCUGUGGAGAGAACCAAGAGAACCAAGUCCCCUUCCUGCCUCCGAGCCUUCUUCAAGAAAGGGGUUGACCUCCCCAGUCUGCCCAACACAUCACAGCAGCUAUUCACCAACAGACUUGUGUGCCCCCAGGACAAAGGCAACUCUCAGGGAGAUCAUAAAAAUGACUUCUGGCCUUUAACUGGGGAGCUGGGUCUAUCUGUUACAUCCCCAAAGGAGGUGGACGGUUUCCCUGCAGGGUUGUCCCUCAAAUCCGCUUCCUGCGAUGGGGUCUGCAAACAGGAAGUUGAGCUAGAUCGCCGUAGUGUCAUAUUUUCCUCAGGGGCCUGCAACCGUCUGGGAACUCCAGCACAUUCCUACCCUGGUGGGAACUCUUUGGAGAUGGAGCUCUCUGACCACAUGCCAAAGGGCCUGUGGGCAGGAGCCAGCCAGUCCCUCCCCACCUCUCAGACCUAUUCUCCCAGCACCACCUCCACUGAGCCCCCACUUCUGUGCCGCCCACGACCCAACACCAGCUGCCCAGUGCCAAUCAAAGUGUGCCCACGCUCGCCGCCUUGUGAGACACGCACCAGGACUUCCAGCUCCUGCUCUUCGUACUCCUAUGCGGAGGACGGCAGCGGAGGCUCCCCCUGCAGCCUGCCCCAGUUUGAGUUCUCUUCCUCUCCAUGCUCCAAUGUGGCGCGCUGCCUCAGUGUGGACCAGCAGGAGCAAAGUGUCGGUGGGGAGGCCCUUUUUAACCAGGUGCGGCCCAAGAUCAAAUGUGAGCAGUCCUAUGUCACCAACUCCAGCGACGAGUCAGGCUCCUUCUCAGAGGGAGACAGUGAGUCCUGCCAUGUGCAGGACAGAGGGCCAGAGGUGAAGCUGCCUUUCCCUGUAGAUCAAAUCACGAAUCUUCCACGGAACGACUUCCAAAUGUUGGUGAAAAUGCACAAACUGACCUCGGAGCAGCUGGAGUUUAUCCAUGACGUGAGGCGGCGGAGUAAGAACCGCAUCGCAGCGCAGCGCUGCCGCAAGAGGAAGCUCGACUGCAUCAUGAACCUGGAGUGUGAGAUCAGAAAACUGGUGUGUGAGAAGGAGAAGCUGCUGACAGAGAGGAACCAGCUGAAGGCGUGUAUGGGUGAGCUGUGGGAGAACUUCUCCUGCCUGUCCCAGGAGGUCUGCCGGGACGUCCAACUGAGCCCAGAGCAGGUCCAGUCUCUACACCACUACUGCCCCGUGCAGCGGCCCGCCAACUCCACUGCCAGCAUCACCGCUGGCCACGAGACCAGGCCCCCCCCCAGCCCCGCCACAAUUAACACCACCACCAGCAUCGACCUCACCGGCCACUCCGGAUCGGCCACGCCCGAGCCCAGCUUCCACGGCUCCCCCGGCCCCUCGGAGAGCGAGCCCGACUCGGCCGUCAGGAACGGGGCAGACGGAGAUAUGGACGGCCGAGACACCAGCUUGUACACAAAGUCAGGGCUGGAGAAAUCCAACCAGACGGUAACGGUGGACUUCUGCCAGGAAAUGACUGACAAAUGUACGACUGAUGAGCAGCCGAGGAAAGACUGUACUCAGUAGUCUUGUUGUUUUAUUAUUAUUAUUAUUUAAUGUUACUCUUCUGACAAACCCUCUCUCGGGGUGUCUGAGACGUUCAGCCUCCGCCAGUGUUCACUGAAAAACAAGCUUUGUUUGUAUUUAUGUCUUUUUGUGCUGUUCUUUUUUUUUUUUGAGCGGUUGACACUAAAGUUGUCUUAACAGCAGCAAUACUGUUCUCCAGGUAUUCUCCUCUUAUCAUGACAGAGUGGGAACUUCUCACCAAACACUUCGAUGGUGCUAUUCUCACCCCGACAGCAACCUCUCUGCACUGGAGACUCUGGUCUUCAUGUGUCACACAUCACGACUCCAAGUUGAACCUCAUCGGACCUAAACAGCAGCUCUCUGUCUCUCUGUUCCUGCCUUUCCCUCUCACAUUUGUUCUUCUCUUCUUCCCACUCUGUCUCUAUCAAUCUUCUCUACCUCUUUCUGUCUCACUCUCUGUCUCUCUGUCUGUCUGUGGUUCGCCUCUCGCUAAAUGGAAGUGGCCCUUUUCGUCACAGCAAUUCAAACUCAGGAAAAGAAAUCCUCUGAAUGUUCAACCUAAUUCAUGAAAAAUGAGAAUACAGCUUCUGUACACGAGGAAGUUACGAUGCAGUUAGACUGUAAAAUGUUCAUAUGCAAAAAAUGUCUUCAAGCGUCUGGCAUCUGUAUUUCUGUACAGGAGAACUUUGUACAGGCUGUAACCGAAAAACAUUCCUCCUUUGCCUUCCUCAGCACUGAACUGAAAGGAAAGAAAGGUUUUUGCAGGCGGUUAAAUGGCUAUUUUUUAUUUCCCACUCAUCAGCAAUACCAUUGUAUUUGGAUGUUGUAAAGGUGACUUUCAAGUGCUUGUUUGGCAGAAAUGUAUAUAGUACGGAGCAUGAUGACUGUAACAGUGAUUUUGUACAGGUAGAGGCAUAGAUGUUUCUUUUUCACGGGGUUAUAUCAAGCACCUUUUUGCUAAGGGAAAAUCUUUGCUUUGCUGUUUCCUGUCCUGCCUAACGAAUGCGCCCCAUCACGGUGAGUGUUCUUAAACUCAGGAAAUCAGCUCGAUACACAUUUGACACACACAUACAGUACAUACAGACACAUGCGUCAACACACGUGUAAAAUAUUGAGCCCCAUGCAUGUAUAAAAAGUUAGACAUUUAAGACGCGUUUUUACGUGAGGCUCAGGCCAGCUCCUCUCCUCUCCUCUCUAAAUGUGAAAAAAAGUUCUGCAUUGUGUUUUUUGGAGGAAAUGUUAUUUUGUAUCAGUAUUUGAAGACGAUAUUUGUGUCCACUCUGGCAGACAUGCUUUGGGUUUCUUCACUGUUGCUGUUCAGAGAUAGCAAAAAGCACAGCCGACAUAUAUGUGACAGAUACUUUCAUUUGUUUUUCAAAUUGAUCCUGAAAGAAAUGAACACCUAUUGAGAAACUGAAAAAAAUAUUGACUUAAAUCAGGCACUUUGUUCCCGGCCCCAAGCGCUCCGAGCCAUUUAGCACUUCAAUAAGGGUCUUUGUCCUUGCUUCAGACCCCUCAAAUGUCUCAGACUGGAGCACUUACAUUGGCACUUCAAGAGGAAACAAUCUUAUUGAUAUGAUUAUAUAAAUAUACAAUUACAAAUAUCUCCAUAAAUAAAGUGUAUCUGAAGCCUCCACAUAAAAGAAGCUACUGUUUGAGAGUGUUCACACCUUAUGUUUGUAUUUCUUUAAGAAUUGAAUAAGCUAAUUCAGAGUUCAUUUAAUGUGAAAGCAGUGUUUGUGUUGUCCAAAUAAUUGAGUAACAAUCAUAUAAGAUAGUAAUCCGUUUGCCCUAAUUGUUUGAACAUCCUUCUUUGUGAUGUGCAUGCAUGCUGUCUACAGCUAUAGGCCUAGUUAGUUUGUCUAGCUUCUGUUUACCUCGUAGCGUUCUCUCUGGAGCAGUCUGAUUUCAAAAUGAGAUUUUUGUAUGUAUGAACAGGAAAGACAAGCUGAAUUAUCUCAACGCUCACUAGAGGCAGGCUAUAAGUCCAACCAGGGUCGAGCUCUAGCACAAAGGUUGAGUUUAAUUGAAAUGUGAAGCUUUAUUCGUUGAUUCUUUAAAGCCCCAAUCCAAGAUGGCGAUCCCUGUUAGCCUAAUAAAGAGCUGAAGUCUCUGGUAAUGUCUCCGGUAGGCAGCUUACUAUCUGCACUCUAAGACAAGCUCAUUUUCACUACAGUACAUGCUAUAAAAAAGAAAACCCUUCUGUAUUAAAAAGAAAAAAGGCUUUCAUAUGUAUAUGGGGAAUUAUAAUGUUAAAGAAAUGCUAUUUUGGGGGUUAAAACUUGAGUUGGACACCCUCUCCUGGUUUGCUAAUGUAACUGCUGCCACAAAGCUCCACCCUUUUUGAUGACAUCAUACUUUAAAGGUAGUCUGACAAAAUAGUCAUAUUUAAGGGAGGUUCAGCUGAAGUGAAAUUUAAAAAACACAAUUCAAAGUCACACAUUACAUUUGUAAUAUUGUAUUUCCAACAAAAGUAGACCAGCAACUUAACCAUGUUGCCUUUAAUGAAGACCAUUUACUUAGUUCUAAUCACAAAGGGUUCAAACCUGUGCUGUAGUGAAUCCUCCUUUAGCUUAGAAUACAGUGACAGUGAGCCGCAUAUGUGGGUCAUUUUGUUAACACAGUGUUGUAUAACGUUUUGAAAAUGACUACAUUUUAAUUCUUGACAAAUCUAUUUUUGGCCAAAUAAGUCUGGUUUUGGGGCUUUAAAGUUUGGUGAAAUGUUCUCCCCCUGACUUUAACUGAUGUAAAUUUUAGAUGUAGUUUAAACUAUGAGACAGAGUAAGUGUAUUUUAUAAACCUGUCUUUAAACUUUUAAAAGGUACAUAGACCCAUUCAUGCACACACACACACACAUAUACAGUAUAUAUUCAUACGACACACACACACACACACACAGCACGUUGUGGCACAGCCUGAGUGCGCAGCAGUAGUGGUUCUUCAUCGACUGGUGUGGUUUUUCGUGUUUUCGGCCCUUUAUCCUGUUGCUCUUUUCAUUCUUUCCUGCAUAUUUCCUGCAGCAGAGCAGUAUUUACCCAUGUGGAGAUUCUACCAGGUCCAAGCCAGAAAAACAGUGGAACCAUCUGCAUUACAAAAGCUUCUUUUCUGCAAACGUUAUGCAACUCAUUUUCUGGUUAUGUACUUUUUGUUUGUUGCAUUGGACUUCUGACUUUAUGUUUGGAGAAAAUACAUUUGUGAAGUUUGUGUUAAAACUAUUGUGACAAAGGCCUCUGGGUUUCUCCUCAGAUAUCCUAAUAAUCCUACAAUGAUCACAUUUUUGUUUUUGCAUAGCAGAUUUUAUACCAAUCAAAUGACGAUAAUUCAACUUAAACGCUUAGAUUCCUGUAAAGAAGACAAAGAGGUGAUAGAGUAAACAGAGGACUCUGAUUGGUCAGAGUAGAGUUACAGGCAUCCUCAGCUGCAACGGGGAGAUGAGUUCAUGUCAGCAUCUACAACAUUUCCCCGGUUGUUUAAGGGGUCAGUUCAAGUUAAAAAAUAUAUAUAAGAGAAAAAAAAGUUCUCCCUUAUAUCUUGUGGGAUCUAGUCAUGUGGACAGUUUGGGUUUUAUUGGUCCAGGUUUUGGGAUAUCUGUCUGUUGAGAUUUCUGCCUCCACUCUAGACAGUGGAGGAUUUCCUUUGUGGUGUAUCACUAAAGAAAUGCAAUAUUAAUUUGCAGAAGUUGUGUCCUGUUACUCGGAUAGUCACAUUGCUGUGAACAGUAUUUUGUUUUUAGACAAUCUCAAAACUUUGGUGAAUAAAACCCAAAUUAUAUGCAUGGCUAGAGACCACUAAAGGGAAGUGAAAACAUAUUGCUUUUGCCAUUUGGGUGAACUGACCCUUUAGUGUCUCAGGGUGCCAAGCAUUUGAACCUGCUCUCUAUAUCACGACGAAGCAGAUUUAUUUUUACUUGCUUUGUUUGAGAGUCAAACCAAACGUCCCUUAAAAAUGAUUAGUUAAUAUUACUUAGAGCUGCAGAACAAUAAUUAAACAAAACAUUGAUAUAUUAUCACUUGAAAACGUUUUAAUGGCUUACAAUUUUAGCGCAUGGAGCAGACACAGAGCAACAGCAUUGAUUUGGUUCCACUAUGUUCCCCAGCUAGUCUCUAACUUUGUAUCUGUGUCAUCAGCAGCUAGCACACAAAGCUGCCUGCUGCUGGAAAAGAGAUUGACGAGAACAGAGAUUUCUGGUUGGAAACCAAAAUAAUGAGCUAAACGAGGCUAAUAAGAUGAACAUUACACAGUGUUCAUAUAAAAUAUUGAUUAGUGCGGCUUUAAGUGAUGUAACAGUAAUAAUAAGCAUGAGCACCUAAAAUGAAUUUCAAUACGAGGAAUCCUCCAGGUUACUUUUGGGGUUUUGGCCAUUAGAGCAGGUUGCUGUUGCUGUUGCUGUUGCUGUAACUGAUUGCUCGUACCUUUUUGCUGUGUAUUUGUCUUGUUCAGUUAAACAUUUUUGUUGCUGCUUCUCUGAAACAAACACUGGCUUUUCAACUCCAAAGGUUGUUCUAUGAAAAAAUAUGAACAAAAACAUGCCUUUCUCACAGAUUGCUCAACUUUAUUGAAAAAAGAAAUCUGGUGUCCUGGUGGAAUGCGCAGGCUGAGAUCAUUGAGUAAAAUAUAAAAAUGGAAAAUGUUUACAAAUGGAUGUCAUUUCAUGUUUGAUCAGAUUUUGCCAUGUAAAAAUUACUCGGUUCAAUUGUACUGGUCUUUGUGUUGUUUAAAGAGACACCUUGUCUUUAAUCCAGCUUUUGGGAUGGGUCACAUGGAUACAAGUGCACCUCCGAUAUUUGCCUUAGAACUUGCAGAGGCCAUAGUUCACAUUCAAGUGAAGUGAGUGUAUGCAGGGGCCUGGGCCCCCAUCCCUGAGUCACCAGUGCAGACUUUCUCACACUUAUCUACCUGUGAAAUCCUUCAUACCUCUCAUAACUGGUCAAUGACUGUAUCAGCAAACUGCAUCAGGUGUUUUUUCUACAUGCUUUUUACACAGAUUAUAUGGAUUAUUGUAUUAGUAGAUUUUGGUGCAUCCUUUUUAAUGUAAUAGCUCUUAAGCUUGUAGUUCAGUUGUUUUUUUCUUUCAUUUUUCUAGAUGACUGUUUUGUGUUAAUAUUGUCAAUUGGAAAUAGCUGUUAUUUGCUUAUUCUCUACUAAGAGUUCUUACCUUUAUCAUUUUUAAAUGCUACAUGACCCUAAUUAAUUAAAAUGACUUAAUAACCAUUGUAAAUAUGGUAUUGUGCAAACCCCAUUUUCAUUCAUUUCAAUUGCUAGUGUUAAAUAAAUGAUUUUUGUCUAGACACCAUUUCUCUUUAUGAAAUAAAGAAAUAUGCAUAU